AUUUCACUUCCUCUCUUCAUUCUUCGAAUUUUUUUGUUCUUUCUCUUGUUGAAAAAUUCAAGCUCUGUACUCUGUUCUCUCUCCCUCUCUUGGACCAAGUCCAAAUAAACAAAGAUUUCAAAUACCUAUAUUUGAUUUAUUAUACAGAAGAAGCUCAAAAACAUGGAAGACAGAUCAGACAAGAAUGUCUCAUAUUGGUUGUCUGAGCCUAAAUCUAGAACUGAUAUCGAGUUCCAUGUUAGUGGGAUGCCCUUCACUUUGAACAGGGAAGUCAUAGUAGAAAAGUCGGCCAAGAUUGCGGAAAUACUGAAAAAGCAACCCGAGGAAAGCAUCUGUAGGUUCCUCACAAACAUACCAGCUCGUCCUAAAACAUUUGAACUUGUGGCAAGAUUCUGCUAUGGGUUUGAACUGGAAAUGUCAUGUGAGAAUGUGCUUCCUUUAGCUUGUCUUGCUUUCUAUCUGGGGAUGACUGAAAGUCACAGCCCAAAUAAUCUGUUGAGAAAAGCACUUACCUUCUUUGAACAGAGAAUCCUCCCUAGCUGGAAUGAAACCAUUCAGGCUUUUCUUACUACAGAAGGUAUCAUGCAGCAGGCAGUGGAUCUAGGCCUCGUUGAUGAAUGUAUAGAGUCUUUGGUCGGCAAGGCAGUGAAUGAGCCGUACCUCCUUGGUGAACCGAUUGUGAAUUUCGUAAAUGAUGAACUCGGCGAGGAUGAUGAGUUUCAUCACAAGCCCAAUGCAAAAAGAAAGCUCUUUAUUUCCGAAUGGCAGCCAGAGGAUUUGACAAUUCUGCCUCUUUCAUUGUAUGAACUGACCAUUCAUUCUAUGAACCAGCACACUGUCCCGCCUAGAUAUAUAGCAGCAUCCCUUUUGAAGUAUGCAAAGAAGUGGGUUUUUUGCAGCACAAAAGGAGAUGAAAAAAUGUCAGUAUGCAAAACAAACCGUCAGAGGGAAGUCAUGGAAGCAGUGGAGAGGCUAAUGCCUCAUCAGAAGGGACUACUUCCUUGCACAAUAUUGUUUGAAAUACUCCGUUUUGCCAUUCGUUUGGAAGCUAAUGAUAGUUGUAGAAAUGGACUUGAGUCGAGGAUAGGAAAGCAGCUUGAUCAAGCUACAGCAAGUGACCUUUUACUACCUUACCGAGGCUAUGCUAAAGAAAUGCAAUAUGAUAUCGAGUGUGUGAAGCGGAUUGUAAAGCACUUCUAUAGAGAUUAUAGUUCAGAUAUGGCAGGAAUAAUUGCAGUGGCGAAACUCAUUGAGGAAUUUUUGUUUGAGGUUGCCGGUGACAGAGAUUUGGAAAUAAGUGCAUUCGUUUCAUUAGUGGAAAUGUCAACUGCAGCAUCAACGGGAACGGAUAGAAGCUCUGAUCGAAUAUACAGGGCUAUAGAUAUGUACCUAGACAAGCAUAAAUACCUGACAGAAUCUGAGAGAGAAGAAGUGUGCAAAGGGCUGGACUACCAUAAGAUGUCGGCUGAAGCUUGUGAACAUGCUGCCAAAAACCAGCGAUUGCCAUUAAGGAUUGUGGUACAAGUGCUAUUUUUGGUGCAAUUGCAACUUCGCGAUGCAAUAACAAAGGAGAUGCAGGCUUCAGAUGACAAAUUGACUCAGGAUGAGGCUGAACUCGAUGGAGAGUUGGUCUUAAGUGAAGGAAUAGUAAAAAUUGAAAUGGAGAAAAUGAGCAACAAGGUGAUGGAGCUAGAGAGAGAGUGUCAUACUAUGAGGAAAGAGAUUGAGGAGGGCUGCAUCCACACCGUGAAAAAAGAGAAGACAAGCAUGUGGAGAGAAAUGAAGAGAAAGUUCGGUUGCAUAAAUAAGAUUAACAAUUGCAACUGCCAAGUUAAGAAGAAAAGGGUUCAUCCAAAACUAUGGCCUUGAUUAACAGACGACUGAUAUAACUAUAAACUCUUCUGUAAUUAUUUGAUUUAAUGCUUCUGAAUUAUCGUUCAAUUGGUCUUAAUUAGUGAAUAAAUCAACAAGUUUGUGGACAUUAAGCCAAAAUUUUCCACAAGGUAACUGUUUCUUUA